UUAUUACAAGUUUCUUAAGAGUGCAACAACAACAUAAAAUCCAUUGGUGACUCAGUAGAAAGCGGUCGAAAAGAAAACUAAAAAGUGGUGAUGAAAAUUUUUUUGUCAAUUUGCUAUUUAAGAAAAUUAAAAUUCGCGAUUUUAUAAAAUUGUAUUUAUAUAUAUUUUAGUGUGUUUAUGUAGUUAAUAAAUAAUAUAAUAUUAAGGGUGAAAAGAAGUUGAUAGCAACUUAAAAAAUUAUAUUGCCGGAGAAAUUAAGCCCAACCCAAAGUAAGCAAAAAGGUCAGCAAACCUGCAAAUUAAAUAGACGUCGAAGAAAACAUAUAUACUCUAGCUAAGAAAGUAAACUAUAGAAGAAUUUAAUAGUAUUAAAAUAAACACAACUACUAUGUCAUCAGGAGAUUUUGGAAAUCCACUACGUAAAUUUAAACUUGUGUUCCUUGGUGAACAAAGUGUUGGUAAGACUUCAUUAAUCACACGUUUUAUGUACGAUAGCUUUGAUAAUACGUAUCAGGCCACAAUUGGCAUCGAUUUCCUUUCUAAAACCAUGUACCUAGAGGAUAGAACUGUACGACUGCAAUUAUGGGAUACAGCUGGUCAAGAACGUUUUCGAUCACUCAUACCCUCAUAUAUACGUGAUUCAACAGUGGCUGUGGUAGUUUACGACAUUACGAAUACAAACUCUUUCCACCAAACAUCAAAAUGGAUCGAUGACGUGCGUACAGAGCGGGGCAGUGAUGUCAUUAUUAUGCUAGUAGGCAAUAAAACGGAUCUUUCUGAUAAAAGACAAGUAUCCACUGAGGAAGGCGAAAGAAAAGCAAAGGAAUUAAAUGUGAUGUUUAUAGAAACGAGCGCAAAAGCGGGAUACAAUGUAAAACAGCUGUUUAGGCGUGUAGCAGCCGCCUUGCCUGGUAUGGAUUCAACAGAAAAUAGACCAUCGGAAGAUAUGCAAGAAGUAGUACUUAAAGACUCACCCAAUGAGACAAAAGAUCCCGAAGGAGGCUGUGCCUGCUGAAUAAAUAAACAGCAAUCUGAUAUAGCUAACGUAAAACAUAUAACCAAUUUUAGUACGAUAUAUGAAUAGGCAAUAUGAGAGCGAGAAGAAAAUUGAAACAAUUCUAUUUUUAAGUUUAUUUAUAAUAAAAUAAAUCAAUUAAGAUAAUAAAUAUGAGUAAUCAACCACGAUAACCACGAAAAAAUGUAACAAGGAUGAAUGAAGUACCAAUAUCAAUUGCAUGCGGUUUGCUGAGUCUCUGAGGAAUUAAAUUGAUGACUCCAAUAACAAACAGAAACCACGACAAAUGCAAAUAUAUCAAUUACCUUUUAAACCAAUCGCUGCACAAUCUUAGAGCUAAACUAGAAAUGAUGAAUUUUAUAUUCUUACCAGUGUCAUUAUUGUUCUGUAUCAAAUUGGUUUUCAUUUGAUAAACACUCAGACUUAAUUCUAACUACUUCAUAUUUGUAAAUGAACCUGAAUUGUUCAGAUGCGACUUUCCUAAACUUAGAUUAAUAUAUAUCUAUAUAGUUAAAUAUACAAUAAUUUAAAGCAUGAAUUCCAUUCUUACUCAAACUUUCAAAAUAUCAUUAUCCUACAUUCCGACUGAUUUAUAUAACUUUUCAGCAAUACGUUCAUUAUUUUGUGUACCUUUAAAUUUAUACUCAGAAUUUCAAUAACCCUCACUCAGGUCAAUUAAAAGCUAUGUAUUUUCUUAAAUAAAAAUUCGGUCUCAAAAUUCAGCA